AUGGCUUGGCAAUCAAGUGGGAGGACUCAUGAAGAACUUAUAAACAACUUACAUAAAAAUAAAGUUAUUUUGUCCGAAAGAGUAAAAAAUGCAAUGAUGGCUGUGGAUCGUGGAUACUUUGCAAAAUCUGACGCGUAUGAAGACAGACCUCUAUCGAUCGGUUAUGGAGCAACGAUUAGUGCCCCGCACAUGGUAGGAAUCAAUAAUUUCCGUCUUUUUAGUAGUCUGCCUUCAUUUUGGCCUCUUUAUAUGCCAUUUGGCACAGGCGUUUUCCUAUGUGAUGUAGGCAGAAUGGCAUCCGUUGCCAGUGUUUCAACGGACGCGGUAUUUCUAGCGGAUGAUGCUAGUCACAAAAUUCCACAAGUUGUUGCUCACGAUCUUUUCCGCCGUUCGCUUAAUACAGAUAAGCAUUUAAACGCGCUUCUACUAUAA